AUGUCGCUCGCAUCAGCUGAGGGACGCUGGUCUGCGUGUUCGAAGAGAACGGGUGAAUACUCUCUGCUUGGCAGGGCCGAGGCGCACGGGAUCUGGGCCGGCGCGAGCUUGCUCUACGGCGAGCGUCUUCAAGUCCUGAAGAAUGACUGUUUUUUAUUUUCGUGUGCAAGUUGCAAUGAAGACGAUAUAGUCGAUUUCUUUAAUAGCGCAUUACAGUGCCUAACGCGUAUACAGCAAGAGCCGAGAGAGACACUUUAUCGAGAUUUAGAUAACCAUGCUAGAACAAUUAACAGUCUUUUGUCCGUGGUUUGUUAUUAUCAAAAUGCCGAAACCAGAGAAUGCAUCGUUAUUCUCGAGACGCUGUACCACACACUGCGCCAAAUCACGCAUCCGCUUGAUAUUGGAAGACCUGCUGGAGCUAGACUAAGAGCAGUCCCACCACCUACAUCUAUCACAGGCCACAGAGGUCGUCCGAGAUAUGACAUUUCGUAUGCACAACUGUGCCAUUGUCUGCGGCUUGGGUUUAACUGGCAGGGAAUAGCAUCCUUAUUAGGAAUAGAUCGCCUCACUUUGUUCCAGCACAGGCAGCGUCUUGAAAUCAGACCGAUGGAGUUUGCAGAACUGUCUAACUAUGAGUUGAACACACUUGUCAGACAGAUUUUGCAAAGAACCCCAAAUGCAGGCGAGACCUACAUUCUGGGUAGUCUCCGGUCUCGCUCUAUCCGCAUCCAGCGUUGGAGGGUGAGACAGUGUUUACAUGAGAUAGAUCCUAUUGGAAGGUCACUCGGGCGCCGACGUGCUGUCAGAAGAAGAAUUUAUUCUGUGCAAACUCCUAACCAACUCUGGCAUAUAGACGGAAAACAUAAACUGGUCAGAUGGAGGCUGAUUUUCCACGGGUGUGUUGAUCUUCAACCAGCC